AUAUAAGUACAGCGAAACCGCGGGAUACGACAGAGCGAGCGCUAGCGGCUAGCGGUGCAAUACGUCUCGCCGAUAGUCGAAGCGCGAGAUACCCCGCCUGCCUACCUGUGGCGUACCACGACCCAACCGGAUUUCUCAGUCUGCGACAGCUGCGGAAAAGCGCAACUCCACUUUGUCUCCCGCAUCGUUUUUCUCGCGGAGCUGCCGCGGAAACGAAGGCCCGAAGGAGAACGCCCGAGACUAACCGGACGAGAAUGACCAGAAGGAGAAUCGGCCACAUUGUGCUGAUCGGCGCGCUGUUCAUCAGCACGUUUCACGGGAUGUGCGCCGAUUGGACGACAGAUUUGCAAGAAAGUAUUCAAGCUAUGACCAGAGGUAUUGACGAGCAGGUGCAACGUAUCGUUCAGCAAGCGCACAAUGACGCGAGACAGAGCAUAUACAGUUCAGUGAAACCUGCGUUAGAGCAAGUGAGAAGAACCGUACAGAAUCUACCGAGAGAUGAACACGGACGCUUAAUAAGUAACACCGGCAACACGAUACUCGUUAAUAAUGGAAACGGCGUAUCAAGGUCGAUCACAUCCGGUCAUACACCGGACGGAGAACCGUUUGUGCGCGACAUCGUGGAAUGGUACGAGGGAAAUAUGCUUUACCACAACGAGACCGCUUACAAUCCGCGGACAAAAAGUAUGCAGACGACUUGCUGGAAACUGGACUUCGCGACAUCAGGUGCCAAGCCCGACGAUUGUUGAGAUAACGCGCAACGGACGUCGUAAGAAGACCUCGCGUUAAGAUAUAGAUUAAGAUUAAAGAGAGAGAGAGAGAGAGAGAGAGACGACGGGACGAAAGAUGAGGCAAAAUCCGCGUUAAUUAUCCUGCUGAUUGCGAAGAGCUUAUUUAACGAUGAGCUUAUUUAACGAUGAUGCGUAGAAUUCAUUGAAUUCUCGUUCGUUGAUAGUCAACAAAAUAUCGAACGAGUAUGCCUUUUUUGCUCCGUCUCCCCCCCCCCGUUACUAUUUACAGAUUAGAAAGACAUAAUUGCGGCGAGAUAUAUUCGACGAAUUUCGAUCGCGCGAGCUCGCAACAUCGUUAUCCCGCGUUAUCGGAUGACUGUGAAACGAGUUACGCGGCGAAAGCCGCACAAUUAUCGCGUUACGCAAAUCGACAAAGAGAGCACGGCGAACUUUUUAAUUACGGUCCAGCGUGACGUUCCGAACUGCAAAUGUAAAUUCUCGGUUAAAAUAUAUAUGGCCGCGCGACGGAUUAUCGGCUUAUCUGACAACGCGAAUAAAGUUCUUUUUCUCGAUCGGUAUUAAGUCUCGCCAUUCGCGCCGCUCUUAACGUUGACUAACAAUGUAACAACGUAGUCGUGUGGCUAUUUAUUCUUCGGCAAUAUUCCUGCAUUAUUCGUAGUUAUCGAUUGUGUGCGUCGUUUAACGUAACGUAGUUAUUUAAUCGUUAUUUAAUUUGAGAUACAUAGCGUGUCGAAGGACCGCGAAUCGAAUCGCGCGAGACGCGCGAGGAAAGCAGACGAAGAGGAGGUGAGAAACGGGCAUAAAUUUUCACAGGCAGGAGGCUCGGCCAAUAAAGAAUCAUUUGUUACGAUAUACGACUACGAAACUUUAAGCGGGCCAUGGGAGCGAUGCAUUUCGAUGCACAUACAGCGAUGUAUACACGUAUAUAGAAUACAAACGCGAUGUAUAGAGCGUGCAGUGGCGUCGAAGCGCACGCUCUUCAGCGCCUGCCGCGACGUGCAAAAAUCCCGUUUCUCUCUAUUAUCGCCUUUAUGCGAUCGCAAGUGCCGUCGCGCACUUGCGAUAAGACGAAGAAGCGAUAAGACGAAGAAAUGGGAGGGGAAGAGUAUUACUUCUAUAAUUUCUAUGUGCUCCUCUCCAGUGCGUGAUUUGACCUAAUUUCGCACAAGCUCGCGACAUUUGUUGUUAUUAUUGUAUUUGCGGAGUUUAUCUCCCGUGGGGUUGUGGAAAUCAUUAAAAGUAUGUAAAAACA